AUGCGUCAGUCACAGAAAGAGCUUGAGUCUGGUGCCGGAGAUAAAGAAAGGUUUGCUGCGCGAAGCAGGAUAAACACCUACAGGAUUGGGGUUCAGGCAGAGAAGAACUAUUUCAUGCAGGAGAUACAGGAAGAUCUAAGCCAGGCAUCCCAGACCUUUGUAUUGGAGCAGAUGAGGUUCUACCGUGAGAUGGCGAGCAGGAUGGAGAACCUGUACAAGGACUGCUGGGGGGAUGCACCCCCUCCACCCCUUCCAAACCUCCCCGCCCUCCCUACCCAACCCAGGCCUGCAUCAAACAAUCUCAAUGCAUGGGGAGGGCAUGAUAAUGGGAUUUACGAAGAAAUGCCUUGAAAACUAAAUUUACAUGAUUUUUGAUAAUCAAACCAGUUCUUAAAGGACCGUAGACUUAAAAGAUUUCUAAUGACACUCCAUUUUUAAUAAUCUGAUCUGAAAACCUUUGCAUGAUUAAGAAAGAAUGAAAAAUCAAAAUUUCCGACGAAUUUUACUAUUUUCAAUUGCGACAUUUAUCACGGCGAAACGUUCCACAUUAUUGAUCAGAUAAAGGUUUAAACGGUUUAAUUGUAACUAGUGCAUGUCCCACUAAACUCGGGGAUCACUUGAAAUUACGACAGAGGCCAAAUUUAAAGAAUUUGAGCCGCGGCUCAAAUAUGGUUGGUUCCACUUAAAU